CACAUUUCCAACAGAAGAAGACGCUUCCCUUGACUGGUUUGGCUGGUUUCGGGGAAGUUGGAAACGACGUGGACGGAGUUGCGAAUGAAGAAGUCGUUUAAUCUUAUGAUCGUGCAUCCUGAAGAAAACCCACCAGAGAAGUAAAAUCUUAAUUAAGUCGCGCGGUUGAGUGUUGCUUGUGAGUUUUUUUUUUUUUUACAACUAUAACGGCUGGAUUGUUGCGAGAAUUCAAAGUGUUUAGAGGAAGGCUCUCGGGCCUAACAAGCUAAUCACAAUGAGUUACGGUAGGCCUCCGCCAGACGUUGACGGCAUGACUUCCCUCAAAGUGGACAACCUCACGUACCGAACAUCACCGGAAACCCUCAGAAGUGUGUUUGAGGAUUACGGUCGGGUCGGGGACGUCUACAUCCCCCGCGACCGAUACACGAAAGAAAGUCGCGGUUUCGCGUUCGUGCGGUUCCACGACAAACGCGACGCGGAGGAUGCAAUGGACGCCAUGGACGGCGCGCUCCUAGAUGGGAGGGAACUGCGUGUUCAGAUGGCCCGAUAUGGAAGACCCCCUGAUUCCCACUCCGGUAGUGGCGGCGGCGGCGGAGGUGGAGGUGGUGGUGGUGGAGGAAGGCGAGGUGGGCCGCCCAGGAGACAAGGUGGCUAUGGACGCCGGAGCAGGAGCUCUUCCCGCAGCCCGAGACGCAGAAGGCGCAGCAGGUCCCGCAGCAGGAGCCGCUCUCGCUCCCGGAGCCGAUCCCGCCACAGCCGAUCCAGGUCCCGGUCCUACUCCCGAUCCAAGUCCCACUCUCCCAAGACCAAGAAGCCCAAGGCAAAGUCCCAUUCUCGUUCCAGAUCUAGAUCCAGAUCCCCGUCCAAAUCCAAGUCCAAAUCCAAGUCCAGGUCCAGAAGCCGUACCCCAGCCUCCAAAAGAGGCUCCAGGUCAAGAUCUAAAAGCCAGCCCAAGUCCGCGGCAGAGAAUGGAGGAGAAACCCCGUAGAUCUCGCCACGCCAGCAACAGCUGCAGCAUCCUGUUUGCUAAAGAGGAGUUUGAGCUGAGCUGAGGCAGUGUGAGCAGUUAGGUGUGUGGUGAGCUGCCCCGGGGCUGCCUGCUCCUGCUGGUGAGGGUUUCUGUUGCAGAAGGGUGGAGACCUGUCAGGGUUGGGGUUUGGUGUUGAGGUACGUCUGCCUGUUCACCACUGGACAUUAAACUGUCCGCCAGGUCAGAUCCCCAGCCAGGUGCUGGAGGGGCUCCGAGGUUUGUCCGACUUUGCCACCAUUUUUCAGGCGAAUACUUCGGAUGUUCAAGACCGGAAUCCAACGCAAGCAUCAGUGUCCUGCUGUAAAAGGUUUUUAUUUUGUCUUUCAUGCUUUGGUUUUGUUUAAUUUUCUUUUGCCACAAAAGGCUUUUUUUGUUCUUUCUUUUUUAAUUCAUCAAUGUGCUGUGAUGUUUAUUUCUUUUCAUGGAUUGUUUGAUUUUAAAGCAUCUGGUCCAAUGUGGAGGGAAGUUUCAGUUCUGCAACGAUAAAAACAGGAUAAUAAGGGGUGCAAGUCUCAGCUUUUCUUUUGAAGUUCUUCUCACCUCAUGGCCUGUAUCAAGAAGCGAGCAAUGUAGUCAAACCUUAUGUGCUUCUUCUAAACGUCACGUCGAGUCUGUAAUGACUGUGGCCACUAACUGACUCAGUACAGUGAUGUUCACAUACAGAGGUGGACUCAUUUGGCCAGUCAAAUGUAUGAAUGAUUUAACCUGUAAUAACACCAAAAGUCUGCUUAUUUUCACCGUGCGCUACCUACUUUCACGUUGACUAUUUCUAAUACAACCUUGAGAAGCUAAUCAAUAGCCCGUAACACACAUGAACUCCUUACUUUUUGUCUUGGAUAAUUUCAGGCCCUUGUGUUUUUGGGAGCCUUUCACACGUGAUCCUCACAGCGGUAGAUUUGUGUCGGAACAACCGCCCACAAAACACUUCAAAUUUAGGUGCAGCAGAGCUUUUAUUGUUUAAAUCACAACAUGUACACGCAUCAGGGACGCUCCAUUUUUGAGUGAACGUCAUCACCCCGCCUGCUCGUUUGAAGUGAUUUCAUAGUACCAGAUCUAACGUUGACAUUUAGCAAGGCGGCUGGCAGGUAUAAAAGUCCUCGUGAAGUCAUGGUGUAACUGCUUUUAGAUCACAUGCACCCUAACCUGGAGAUGUUGAGAAAUUUUCACCAGAGUAGUGCAUGUGUGAAAGGGGCUAAAGACAGUCUUUAGCAACCCAGCGUGUCAUACGUUUUCCUGCUUUGGCUCAAAGAAUUUGACUAAUAAAAAUCAAAACCAUUUUACAUGUUUCCCUGGCUAAUUUCUACUUUUGUUCUUUUGCAUGUAACCCUACAUGUAAAGUCAUUGCUUUACUGCUUUUAAAACCAUAUUUUACUGUUAAGGUCUCAAUGUAAGCAAACCCUAAAGACAUUUCAUCUUGUAUUUCAUUCACAUCAGCCAUUGUGUGUCGUUAGUGAGUCAACUUUAAUACCAAAAAGCCUUGGGAUUAGCAUAAAGUAAAUUGGUCAUGACGUUAAUCUCACUAAGUGAUACAGGCCCAACACAUCAGGGUGGUUUUCCUCAUUUGUUGUUUAUUUCUUGUUCAAAAUGACAUUUAAAAAAAACCAAACAUCCAAAGUGAUAUAAUCCAGUUAAAGUUGUUUAAAUUGUGACUCUAAAGCAGUGCCGAUCAUCAAACUGAAUUAAUCCUCUUUAAAAAUGUCACCUGCUCCAUUUCCACUCAUUGAUUUCGGCUGUUCAGGGUUUUCCUUUGUUUGCCAAGACCUCCGAUCAUUUUCCCCCUCCUGUGGUAAAUGUCUUAAAUGUAACUGCUGAUGGUUAAAAACACAAUGAAACAACUGCAAUAAAGCAUUUAAGAAAUCCUGUGAGGACAUCAGACAUUUUGAAGCAUCUUCUAAAGUCAUUUAAUUUGACAGGUUCACUCAACCCUGGACCUUUCUUUUAUUUUGUAUUUUUCCCCUUUUUAUAAA